AGCAGUCAACUUUACGAACGAGAGGAAUGAAAGAGGGAUCACGGCGGCUCAUCCAACUUCAAGCACGCUAGGGUUUGCGGAACUCUCUCUCCCUCUUUCUCUCUCUCUCUUUUCCCUCUCUUUCUCUGCGCUGGGGCUUCGAAAUCGGUCGACAACAAAGGAUCGAAGGGCACCUAGGGUGGGAAAAGACAGGAGGAAGGAACCGGGUGGGCAAUUGCUCGAAUAUGUACUCCAGAGGGAAAUACAUGGAUGGUGGUGGAGAUGGGCAUGAUUUCGGGUCGAAACGUCAGCGGUUAAUGGAUUCAAAUCCCUACUAUGGGAAUUCUCCCGGUCCCAGUUUCAUGUACGGCAAUGCCUCGUACAUGUCGCAAUUCUUUGGCCAGCCUCAGCCAUUUCCAGUUGUCCGUUUGCGAGGUUUGCCUUUCAAUUGCACUGAGAUAGACAUCGCAGAGUUCUUUAUGGGUUUGGACAUUGUUGACGUUCUGUUUGUUCACAAAAGUGGCCGGUUCAGUGGGGAAGCAUUCUGCGUGCUAGCAUAUCCUGUGCAGGUUGAUUUCGCCCUUCAAAGAAACAAACAAAACAUGGGUAGGCGGUAUAUAGAGGUUUUCCGGAGCAAGAGGCAAGAAUACUAUCAGGCUGUUGCUAGUGAAGUUGCUGAUUCUAGAAGCAUCUCUCCACGCCGACCACCUCCUAGAAUGAAAUCUUAUGAUGAUGCAAAGGAUUCCAUGCCGCAUACUGGAGUCCUCAAGCUGAGGGGAUUGCCUUUUUCAGCAACAAAGGAAGAUAUAUUGGAUUUCUUUAAGGAUUUUGAAGUUUCAGAAGAUAAUGUGCACAUGGUUUUUAAUUCAGAUGGAAGGGCUACAGGCGAAGCGUUUGUAGAGUUUGCAAGUGCUGAAGACUCAAAAGCUGCUAUGAUUAAGGACAGGAUGUCCAUUGGUAGUCGUUACAUAGAACUUUUUCCUUCCUCCCAUGAUGAGGCUGAAGAGGCAACUUCAUCCAGAUGAUACAACUCAAAAUACUGUAGUUAUGCUGAGGUUGCACUGUAACAUUGCCAAGAAGAUAUGUACUGUCAUGAUGCAUAAGUUUUUUCUCUUUUUUUUUUUGGUUUUCACUGUUGGUGAAAAUCAAGUAGGUUAGUUUCAUCAAUUUUUUUGUUUUGAAAUCUUAAUCAGACAUAACAUUUGCUCCGUUAGACUUCCUAUUGGAAGAGAGUACAACUGAAUGUUUCUGUUCUGUGAAAUUGUGAUCUUAUAGGAAUGUUGCUUAACGCU